AUGGUCUCCUCUGCAACACGGCCUCCGGCCGGCCCCAUCACGACGCCCCUGACGGAGCUCCUGGGCAUCCGACACCCGAUUGUGCUGGCCGGCAUGGCGGGUGUAUCGGGCGGCGCGCUGGCGGCGGCGGUGUCGAAUGCCGGCGGGCUCGGUGUCGUGGGUGGGUUCCGGUUGACGCCGGACCAGCUGCGCGAGACAGUGGCCGAGCUCAAGGCAGCGCUGGCCGACAAGACGCUGCCGUUUGGCGUCGACCUGGCGCUGCCACAGGUCGGUGGCAGCGCCCGGGCGACCAACCACGACUACACCGACGGGCGGUUGGACGAGUUGAUCGACAUCGUCAUCGACGAGGGCGCGCGGUUGUUUGUCAGCGCCGUCGGGGUGCCGCCGCCGCACGUCAUCACGCGGCUGCACGCGGCUGGCAUCCUGGUGAUGAAUAUGGUGGGCCAUCCGCGCCACGCGACCAAGGCGCUGGCCGCCGGCGUCGACCUGCUGUGCGCGCAAGGCACCGAGGGGGGUGGCCAUACGGGGCCUGUAGCGGCGAGCGUGCUGGUGCCGGCGGUGGUGGACGUGGCCCGGGCAGAGGGUGUGAAGAGGGGGAACACCCCCCUUGUCCUCGCUGCUGGCGGCAUCGCCGAUGGUCGUGGACUCGCUGCUGCUCUCAUGCAAGGUGCUGCUGGCGUCUGGGUUGGCACCCGGUUUGUGGCCUCGGCCGAGGCUGGCUGCAGCGAGGCCCACAAGCAGGCCGUCGUCAGCUGUGGCCCCGACGACACCGACAUCACGCUCGUGCUCUCAGGUCGACCGCUGCGCGCCCGCCUCAACGACUACAUUCGCCGCUGGCACGCCCAGCCCGACCGCCUCCGCGACCUCUGCGCCCGCGGCAUCGUGCCGGUCGAGCACGACCUCGACCACCUCGACGACGCCGACGCCGACUUUGACAUCGAGAUGCCCUACCUCAUGGGCCAGGUGGCCGGCAACAUUAGCCGCGUCCAGCCGGCAGCCGAGAUCGUCGACGACAUGGUCGCCGGCGCCGUCGCCCAGCUGCAGCAGGCCAGCCGCUAUCUCGGGAAGCUGUAG